AUGCUCGAACACCUCAAGAUUACUAAGCGCAGUGGAGCACCGAGCUACGAAGGCGCCAAAUACUUUGAGCGGAAUAGUCCAGCUGUUGAGCUGUCACAACGCCUUCUGACAAGUCCCCGCAAGUUUUAUGAGGGAGAGAAGAAAGCCACUGUUUAUAAGAGUGUUGCGCAUCGCUUUCGGAUGUUUCACGACGCCAGACAUGUUACGCGUCACUUUAACACUAUUCAUUUAAACGAGGAGCCACUCGACUCCACGCCUUUGGUGCGCAUCAUGUGCGCAGUCGCUGGCGUUGUCCGAAUCCGGCGCAGGAACUUCAGAGACAAGGAUGAGCAGGCCAUGAUCCACUAA